AUGGCAUUUUCCACUCAAAAGGAUUUCUUUUAUGUUCCAUACAUGGAUGAGGAAGUACCAGAUGAGCAUAAAUCACCUCCUGUACAGCCUUGUGCGAAAUUGAGAAGUUACGAUAUGGGCAUUGAUGAACGUUCUUGGGCCUUGGACAAAAAGACACAAGCCAAAUUUCUUGCAGAUUUAGUGACUGGAGACGUUAUGCCUGCCCGGAAACCUAUGACGGCGGAAUGUGACAUCAAAGUUAAAGGAAAGUCUAUGGAAACUGGCAUUGCCAAUGAGAGUUUACUUGUUCAAUUGGGCUCAAUUGCCGCAGGCGACAGUUUACUUGCAUGCGCCAAUACUCAAUUAACAGACUAUCAGAAAUUGCUUAAUGCGAAUACAACUCUAGAAAAGGAAUUGCAUAUAUCUAAUGAACGUCUGCAGUCGGCUACCGAGGAGAAUAACAAAAUCAAAGAGAUUUUAACCUCCAAAUUGGAUGCGAGCACCGCUAAAGAUUUCGAUAACAAAGUGAAACAAUUGUUAAAUGCUCGAAAAUUGAGUAAAAGCGAUGAAAGAGAAAUGCUACAAAUACAUAAAAAGAUUGAAAAUAUGAUUAAAGCUAACGAAAUUUUACAGGCAGAAAAUAAUUAUAUUAAACGUUUAAUAGAGAAAUUGAGUAAUCGUGUUACAUUAGAAAAUAUUACAACGGAACCUGAACAGAGUAAAGAUGUAAACUAUUUACAACAAGAAGUUGAUAAAUUGCGUAAAGAGUGCAGUCUGCUUAGGGAUAUCGAAGAUGAUUAUCAUAAAUUGAAACAAGAAACUCAACAAAAUCGUUGCCCAAGCAAAGGUAUAUCCGAUCAAGAUGCCGAAAACAUAAUGGCUAUAAUGCGUGAACGUAAUAAUCUCCGUGAGAAGAUGAAGCUUGUUAAUCAGCAAGUUGGUGAAAUGAGGAAGAAAGAAAAAAGUUUAAAUAAAGAUUUAGAAAACCAAGUGAAAUAUACUACCAGCAUGGAGGCAGAGAUGGAAAAAUUACAAAAAUAUUAUGAGGAUCAAAUGCAAGAGGCUUGUUAUCGAGAAGAAUUUUUAGUGAAUCAAUUGGAAUCUUUAAAGGAAGACUUUGUGCCAAUAAAAUGCCAGGCCCAACGAGCAGAACUGUUAGAGCGUGAACUGGACAUGGUAAAUAAGGAAAUGCUAAAACGUGAUAUGGCUAUAUGCGACUACGACUGUCAGUACAAACAACUAAUGGGAGUUGUUGUAGAACUGGAAGCCAGUCAAAAUGUUAGUUUAUGCGCUCGUAAUGCUGAAGAUUUGGCUUUCUACACUCAUGCUACUAUUAGUGAAAUUGCCAAAGAACUAGAAACAAGCAGGAAACAGUACCCCAGCGAGCUCGAUGAUGGUUGCGCUGCGGAAUUAGAACUUUUACGAAAGCAAUUAAAGGAAGCAAACGAUCGCUCUAGGGGAAUGGAAAGGGAUCUUACCAAGGAUAUGAAUUGUGAAGAGUUAUGUGCCGAUGCUUUAAAGCGUUUAAAGGAAUUGGAAGAACUCAAUAGAAGGCUUCAGCAAGAACUGGCUGAUGCCAAAGGCGAAAAUGAUCGCCUAAAUAGAAGCCUUAAAGAUUGUAAUGAGAAAAUGUCGGACAUGUUAAAACGAUUGAACGCCAUGGAAGAUGAAAUGAAGAAACAUGCAAAAGAUUCUAAAGAUAUUGGUAAAGGCUUAGAUAAUACCAUGAAAUUGGUUAAAGACAUAAGCGAUAUACAGUUGAAAAAUAAUCAAUUAGCAACGGCGGUCAAUGCUAUCAAUUCGCGAGACGAUCAAAAAAUUAUUGAUGACCUGAGAAAGCAAUUAGAAGAUGCUUUAGCUAAAUUAAAAAAAUGUCAACAAGACAACGAGAAAUUGGAAAAAGAUCUUCUAGAUCGCGACAAUGAAAUUAAGAAACUUAAGGAUCUUGUUAAUCAAUUGGAAGCGGAUAAAGCUAAAAUGAAAGCUGAAUUGGAUGACCUAAAAGCUGAAAACGCUAAAUUAACGGACCUAAACAAUAAAUUGACAGCCGAAAAUGCUAAUUUAAAGGCAGAGAAUGCCAAAUUGAUCGCGGAGAACGCUAACAUGAAAGCUGAGAAUGCUAAAUUGUUAGCGGAAAAUGCCAACUUAAAGGCGGAGAACUCGAAAUUGCAAGCAGAGAACGCGAAAUUGACUAGUGAAAACGCUAGGCUGGCAGGCGAAAAUGCGAAAUUGGCAAGCGAAAAUGCGAAACUGCAAGCGGAGAAUGCGAAAUUGACUAGCGAAAAUGCCAAAUUACAAAGUGAGAAAGAAAAACUGGAGAAAAGUUUGAAGGAAUUAGGAGCACAAAAGCCACCGCCCACGCCCGCACCUGCACCCUUAUUAGGUUGGAAGGCGGGGGGAGCACCCGCACCCGUAUCCGCACCGGCACGUGCGCCUGAAGUCGCGGCUGCUCCCCCUGCCUUGCCACCUACUAAGCAACCGGCUCCUCCCCAAACAGUCAGAAAGCCAGAACUGCCACCCGCUUUCGCACCACAAGUCACGUCUACACCUAAAAGGAUCAUUAAACCCAGGCCGGAGGAUGAGGCCAAUGUUGAAGCUUUCGUCGAGAAAACGGUCGUAAAAAUGGGUACAAUGGGAGAUGCCUUCGAAAGAGAUUUGCGCAAGAUAUUAAACGAGUUCAUACAAGAGUGCGGCUUCUGUUUCUGCCGUUUAGUCAAUCCGAAAAGUAAAUUGUAUUGUAUUGCUCAUAGACUAUAUCACUGCGGUAUUACUACAUUAUCAUUCCGUGAACUGGCCUACUUGCAUAGAAAAUUAUAUGCUCAAGCCGAUAAAAUUUUACCGGGCUGUUUGCUUGACAUGAUCCUAACAGAUCAUAGAACCGAGGCAAUAAACGCAUUGGGUACCUAUCUGACAAGGGACGGAGGCGAUGGUUCGGAGGAAGAGCAAACAAAGUGUUGUUCCUGCAAGAAUGAGCUGUGUUGUCGCACUUCGGAAGAAAAUCUCCAAGAAAAGGUUUUUAAGUUGGAAAGGGAUAUUGAAGAUGCCAAGGGUUAUUUGGAAGGCCUUAGAUCGAUGCCCUCCACCAGGCCAAUCGAUUAUGCGGACAAUAACUAUUCCUUCGCAGAUAGAACCUUCCGGGCCAGCAUAUCACAGAGAAGCCGCUCAAGUAAGCAACUUAGAAAAUUUAAGAGCUUUCUUUUGAAAAACUCUGACUAUCCACAUAUGGAAUGA